UUUAAUUGUAGGUUUACUGGAAGGACUAUUAAGGAUGUAAUCAACAUGGGCUCUUAUAACUACCUCGGCUUUGCAGAAACAGGUGCUAAUGUUUUGAAAACAGUGGCAGACGAAUUACAGCAUUAUGGGACAGGGGUAUGCAGCAGCAGGCAGGAAAUGGGUAAUCUUGACAAACACGUAGAACUAGAAAACCUGGUGGCCCGGUUUCUUGAUGUAGAAGCUGCUAUGGUGUUUGGCAUGGGCUUUGCUACUAACUCUAUGAAUAUUCCAGCACUGGUUGGGAAGGGUUGCCUCAUUUUAAGUGAUGAGCUGAACCACACUUCUCUUGUUCUUGGUGCAAGGCUUUCCGGUGCUACCAUUCGAGUCUUCAAACACAACAACAUGCAGAGUCUAGAGAAAUUACUGAGGGAUGCAAUAGCAUGUGGGCAGCCUCGAAGUCACAGAGCAUGGAAAAAAAUUCUCAUCCUAGUAGAGGGCAUUUACAGCAUGGAAGGUUCCAUUGUCCGCCUGCCAGAGAUAGUUGCCUUGAAGAAGAGAUACAAAGCAUACCUCUAUUUGGAUGAAGCCCACAGCAUUGGCGCUGUGGGACCGACCGGCCGGGGCAUCGUGGAAUAUUUUGGGAUGAACCCUGAAGAUGUUGAUGUAUUGAUGGGUACAUUCACCAAAAGCUUUGGAGCAGCUGGAGGAUACAUUGCUGGCAAGAAGGAACUUGUGGAUUUCUUACGCACUCACUCCCACAGUGCAGUGUAUGCCACAUCUAUGUGUCCACCUGUAGCAGAGCAAAUCAUUAGGGCAAUGAAAUGUGUCAUGGGACUGGAUGGAACAACACAAGGGCUUCAGAGAGUGCGCCAGCUAGGAGAAAAUACAAGAUACUUCAGGCGGAGACUGCACGAAAUGGGUUUCAUUAUUUAUGGAAAUGAUGAUUCCCCUGUUGUUCCCUUGCUCCUUUAUAUGCCUGGUAAAAUAGGGGCAUUUUCCAGGCACAUGUUAGACAAAAAUAUUGGGGUGGUUGUAGUUGGAUUUCCAGCUACUCCUAUCACAGAAUCGAGGGCUCGGUUUUGUGUGUCGGCUUCACAUACACGGGAGAUGUUAGACACGGUCCUGAAUGCCCUUGAUGAAUUGGGAGAUUUUCUACAACUGAAAUAUUCACGGCAUUCCAGGUCAUCUCGUCCUGAACUAUACGAUGAAACAAGCUUUGAACUUGAAGAUUAAGUUUCCCACCCGUGAAGAGAACAUUAAGAUGUUACCAAAAAAAAAGAGGGAAAACGCCUAAGAAAUGUGAAUGCAUUUCUCAAUUAAUUGAACCGAGGGGAGGCACUGUUGUUGCAUUUUACUGUAUCAAAUUUCCAUGUGCAAGAGACUGUUGCUACAGAACUACCCCUAUGGAGUUACAUGCUUUUUUAAUGUAUUUUUUAUGCAAGCAGACUGUCCCAUUGGUCAAGUUUCUACUGUGCACCCUUGGUGCCUCUUUAUGAAGAGGCUUUGGGUAGUUCUUAGGUCUGGUUGAAACAAUAAAUUUGAAACCUGAAUGGAUUCCAGUGUAGUAUGUUAGCUUGCAUGAAUUUCAACCAUCAGGCUGGAUAGUACCUAAUGCAUCAAUGUGGACUGCCCCCGAGGAAAUGGCAGAUAAAGAUCUUCUUACCUAAUCUCCACAUUUUGCGUUCUCAAAGGACAGCAGCUGUUAGGAGGACAGACUAGCAUAUGAGCAAGCGUUCAUAACAGAAAUCUACUUAUAUUAAAUAUUUCUGACAGAAACCUGUGUUCUUGGCCACUUGAUGUUGCAAACAAAGCCAACUCACUCUAAGAUUGUAUAGUCUGUGAAGAAAGAAUACACGAAAGGCUUCGUAGUGUGCGGACACCAAUGUUGCAUGCGAAUUGAAUCUUUUUGUUAAUGGUGGAAACUCUUUUCUGCUCUAAUACUCAAUCUACAGCCUUAUAUGCAUCUUAUUGCCACUGAAGUUACUUGGCUGGCUUGUUCCCUUUUCAUGUAGCAGUAGCAAACAAUUUUAAUAACCCUUUAUAUUUCCUAUAAAGCACUGAUCAAAACACUCAGAUACUUGCAGUUCACAAACUGCAGUUGACAUUUAUGAGCCCAUUUCCAAGUUUUUUUUGAACUACUCAUGAGCUUAAUAAAUGCACUUACAAGUAAAUAACAGUGACGCUGCUUGUUACGCAGAAUAUAAAGUCCAGAGUACCAUUCACAACUCUGCCACCUGUUAACUUGAAGACUCUCUAUGGUUUCUGAAUGUACUAAAUUCCCCCAGUUGAUUUAAGUAUCGCUCAUUGAAAUAUUGUGUUCUCUCCUUAUGUUAUUAUGGUUUAUUCCGGUCUUUUUAUUUAAAUAGUGUUCAUUUUUCCAGUGGUUGACUGAAAUAGUACAGAAUAUGGCUCAUAGUUGGAAAAAGAAGAUAUGGUCAGAGUUCCGUUUUCAUUGUAUCAAACUAAUCUACAGAGGGAAAAAAACAUUAUCAUCUUCAGCUUUUCUUAGCUUACAUCAAUGAACUUGUUCAGGCUGAGUAGUUUACAAGAAGAUUUCUGGAGACCAUAAUUUUUGUAUGAUACCAGUUAAAAAUUGUUCUGUCGCUUUAACAAAAUCCCAACCAUUCCACAAUAUCAAAUGUCAUUGUAAACACAUCAGAUCAAGAGAUGUUUAGCUUUCUGUUGCACAGAUGUACCACACUUUCAAAUUCUUGAAAGCUCUGCUGUAAACUUAACCCACAGCUGCAAUAUUAGAUUUAGGAACAGAACAAUUAAAUUGUGGCAUACCAAUGGCAGUAUAUUACUCCCUGCUUGUUAAAACAGCUUUGAGGAUAAAACAAAGCUGAUCAGUUAUGAGGUCCCGGGUUUUGUUAGAGUUUUUGUUGUUGCUGCUGCUGUUGUUGU